ACUUGCAAAUUUAGGCAUCACUUGCUAGAAAUCUGACAAGAAAAUGUCCUUAAAAUUGAACAUUCUGUUUGUUACUUUCUCCCUCCAGAGCCUGUUGGCAUUGGCCUCAGACCCUGACCCAAUUCAAGAUUUUUGCAUACCAAACCCUAAAGCUGCUGCCAUAAAAAUUGCUAGGUUCACUAUCCUCCCAUGCAAAAAUUCCUCAGAUGCAACCACCGAUGAUUUCGUCUUUUCUGGCAUGAAAGCCGCUGGAAACUUCUCUGAUACAGGCCUUGCAACCAUUCCUGUGAACCCAACAAACUUUCCUGGCCUUAACACACUAGGCAUGUCAUUUGUCCGAGCUGACCUUAAAGUCGGUGCCAUCAAUCCGCCACAUUUUCAUCCUAGGGCAACAGAGAUAACUUAUGUGGUGCAAGGAAGUGUUUAUUCAGGAUUUGUUGAUUCAAGUAAUAGGGUCUUUGCUAGAGUGCUUGAGCAAGGAGAGGCCAUGGUUUUCCCUAGAGGAUUAGUGCACUUCCAAAUGAAUGUUGGUGACAAAGCUGCUACAGUUUUUGGAAGUUUCAAUAGUCAAAACCCAGGAAACCAAAAAAUCCCGAGUGCAAUUUUUGGGUCUGGAAUUGAUAAUAAGCUAUUGGAGAAGGCUUUUGGAUUGAGUUCUAAGCAAAUCGGAAUUAUGAGAAGAAAGUUUGAUCCCAAAACUGUUAAUUAGGUGAAGUUUGGCAUGAAAGAAGUAGAGAAUUUCUGGUCAAUUUGCAACAUUACGGAAUCCUGUUCUUUUGUCUGUCCUAUUAAUGAUUAAAGGUGUUUUUGUUUGUUUUCUACUAGAUAUUAUGGCAUGGCUUUCUUGGUCUCUUAUUUAUAAUUGUAUGUUAUAUUUAUGUCCCCAGAGUAAA